CAGGCGCUCAUCUCGGGUGCCAACUUCAGCUAUUAGGCUCGCUGAACAGCCCCACGGCCACGGCCCAGGAUGGCUGGGAUCAGCCCCGGUUCAGCCAAUCAAGGAUGGGAGAGAAUCAAGUAAAGAAUCCGAUGGUGAGGCGGUCAGACAGGCGAGGAAAUUAGAAAACCAUCGGCCGUGACAACACUGACAGACAAGGCUCGAAAAAAAACCGAGAGUGUGUUGAUCCUUUCCCGGUGUGUUUCCUCCAGAAUCCCCCGUCAGUCAGUCAGUCAGUCAAAAUCACACUGAGACACUGACGGGUGUGUGCCAAGGAGGAUCGCUCUCUCUCUCUCUCUCUCUCUCGCUCUCUCUCUCUCUCUCUCUCGGUGUGGAUGAGAAGGGUGGUUGUGGUGGUGGUGGUGUUGGCUGGGAGGGAGUGAGGAUGAUACAGAAAAAAUGAAAGACAGCAUGGGAGGACUGGACACUGCUCUACGGCUAUGAUGAGGAUACAGGUAUCAUAGAGGAUCAUGUAUAGAGUAAUACCCCAUUGGACCCCCUUCCCACACACACACACACACACCAUCCCCUUAGGGAAAUGACAAUUUGCUCUGCUCUCUGAAUGUGACAGUAGAGGAUCAGGUGCAGGGGAGAGGGGUUGUCUUCCCAAGGGGAACCUCAACACAGUGGCAUGAUUUUGCAUUUCUAGGUGAAUUCAGAUCCGUCACGAGGUUGAAGUUCAGCAUGCUUUGUAACAGGCUUCUCCAGCCUCGCCUUGAGUUGUGAAAGGUGUCACUGUAAGCAUUUUAGUCUGAUGCCCAGAGACAUACAGCAAGACCUCAGGGGAGAAGAGGUGGAGGAGACUCCUGCUUUGAAGAGGUUAUUUAAUUUGUCUUCUUGCUGGUUUCAGAUAAUGUGCAUAAAUGAGAUAUAAGGGGCUAUCAAUUUACAGGCUCUAAUUGCCAUAAUCAUCCUCAUCAUCACUGUCGUCGUCAUUAUAAUCAUCAUUAUCAUCUGGUUGCUAUGCUGGGUGUUUUAUAAGUGGACCUGUAUAUAGUUAAUCAAGGAAGAACAAGGCCGUGUGAAGGUGCCUUUACUCUGUAAGGAAUUUGCCAUAUUUCCAAUCUUACAUAGAGAAAUAUAUGAGAUAAUCGAAGGAAAUAAUGCAAAUUACAACCUGUCUGUUAUUAAAAUAUAUACAUAUAUUCUAACAACAUUUAAUUACCACAUGGCCUUUUUGGAUGCCAACAGAGGUGAUUGGCACUCCCAUUGAAAAGGUGGCUAUAAUCUCCACAGUGUGACAUGAAAAGAGCCUCACAGAGAAAGAGGGUGCCACCACCAAUCAUCAAGUCUUUAGCCGGCUUGUUCCAGACCAAGCGACACCUUAUUAAACCAUUAGCCAUAUUUCAUAAUCAUAAGAGGCUCCCAGCCAAAGCAGACCUGAAUCAAUAAUGUGUCAUCUCAGAGUGGAGGCUGCAUGCCAGUCAUAGUGCUGCUAUGGAUUUCAUACUGUUGGAUGUAUUUACAACACAGGAGAUGAGUCUUUAACACUGCACAGCCAGUGAAGAACAAAGGUCCUUCUCCUUCGUCUUUCACCUUGUAAGUGAGAGAUGGACAGUGACAGCACAUCUGCCUGUGAGCAGUGACAACACGCCACAGCUGUGAGGAGUGUCUCCUCUCCUCUCUUCUCCUCUCCCUUCUCCCUUUCUCUCCUUCUCUCUUUCUCUCCAAUGUCCUGUCCCCAUGUGCAGCUCUAAUGUGACGUUUGCUCUGACGCACAGGCAGUGCUGCUGAAUAGAAGAGUGUAAUUAUGGAGCUCUGUCUUUGUCGGAACCAAUCUGGUGGAUGCCUGCCUCAAAAACAGUGGUGUGCGCACUCUGCACAGAACCGAGUGGGUGUACCAAUUAAAACAUUGUCUCACAAACAUAAUAUUGUAAUUAUGCUCUGUUCCUUUAGAAAAGUUACAGAGGUUGUAGUCUGCGUUCGAGGUUUCUGACAUUUUAAACACGUAAUCACCACAUUUGAAUCGCCUGUCAGCCACAGACAAAGCAUCAGUCAGUAUGUAUCUAAUACAACACCGUGAGCAUAUUAUGUUAUGUCAAGCGCACUUAGGCUCUUCUGAAACAUAUGGGGCACGUCUAAUGAGUUAAUUCCAGGUCUAGCCUAUACAUACGUUAAAUAGAGGCUGUCAUUGACAAGAUUAUAACAUCCAUACACCAAAGCUUUAGUCCAUUAAGAAAAAUAAAUUAUCUUUUAUUUUCCUUCUAAAACUGAAAACCUUCUGAGUUACAUCUUUUACUAAAAUCUGUUUUACUACAUACGCUGUCUUCACAGUUAACUCCUGGGUCAUCACACCAGCAUUUCAUCUGCCUGUCCUCCUCAAGUAGGCAAUUCUGUCAGUUCAGCUUGCAUAUUUUGUAGCACAGUCAUGGAAAUUACCCAUCAAAGCUCAUGAUAAUGAACAAAAACAGUCUCAAAGACCACAAACUCCAAGUUUUACAGUUUUAACACUUCUAAAUAAAUAAAGUUCUUAAUCCUUCUCACCUGUUGUGCAUCCGAAUAAUAUGUGAAAUUAUUGUAUUCAAUAGUAUCUAUAGUGGGAUUACAUCGAUUGAUUGUUGGGUUUCAAUUUCGUGUUUUGUUUAACAAUAACCUUUUGAUGCAACUAGAAAUAACCUUGAUUGGAUUACAAUCAACUGCUGCUGCAUAGAUCCCUUUUUGUUGACUCACAAUCAGCUGUUGUGCCAAUAACACAUGGGAAACAAUAGCAGUGUAGCGUCAGCGUUAAAACCUGACGCAAAGAAUGACAACCCAACAAUUACAAAUGAUAUGACUUUAGAGGAAAUAAAGGAAUUAAUUAUUUGAGUUACUGAAUUUAAAUGUGUGACUACAGGAAGCUGCCGCUCAGAGGUAGAUGUGGUCAAUCAAACGAUCAGUGGUUAGAGCCCAGCCUUGGCGGUGUGAUGCCUAAGUGUCCUUGGGUCAGACACUGAGCUCAGAAUUGCUCCUAGUGAUGCAGACAACAGUUUAUGUCUGUGUAAAGUGUGAGUGUGCAAUUCUGGUUAGUACUAUGUAAGCACUCUGAGUGGUCAGAAAGACCAAAAAUAGAAGGUCAUAGUCGCACUCUUCAGGUGAAACUACAGGGAUUACGAGUAUAAAAGCAACUGAGCAACUUAAAUAAACAAACAGAGCAAUCAGAAAAAGUAUCAAUGUACUUUAACUGUUUGUACAGUUGAAAUACUGUGUGAGUCAAAUAUUUUAUGAUAGAGAAGGGAAAUUUUUAAUAAAAACUGUAAAACAACACUCCUACGAGCUAGCAGCUGCCUGCCUGUUGUCGCUCACAUAAACACCAAGCACAGAGCACAUCACCAAAAUAUCCUACUUUCAUGUUAGAAUGAUACACUGGACACGCUAAGUAACCCCAAAACUACUCCAGUAUUGUCUUUUUGUGGUCCACAAAAGAGGAUUUUUAAUUAUGGGAGCAAACUUAUUCAAACUGUACAACAGCAAAGGUCAAAGGUCAUUAUCACUCACAUCAACAGAGUGCCAUAACAUACUUUUGAAUAACCAUAACAAUAAUCUGUUCUCUGGUUUAUUUGGUUGUUUUUUAUUUGAAUAAGACUCAUUCAUGUCCAAUAUGGAUAUGAACUUAUUUUUUAUGUUUCUUUUAUGUCUAUUGUUUAUAUAUUUUGGUGUUAGAGUACCAUAAAGGGGGAGGUCAGAGCUAUUCACAGAACAGGGGGCUUUAGAUCUUGCUAUAAAUUAGCCUUCGUUUCAUCACAUUGUAUUAUUAUUUUUUUUUUUCAUAAUUGUCUUAUUGAGACUUAAAUGCAUCAAUCACGUGUUCUGUCAAAUAUCUCAUUUUCAAACAUUGUCAUAUUGGAUUACAUCAUGCUGCUGCUGCAGUACAAACAACUAUGAAUAUUUGUCAUGGCCUGUUUUGGCACAUGUCACUUUUGUUGUUCUAUAUCUGAACAUGGUCAUGCUUUGCUACUGCAACAAUUAACUAAUGUGUUGUCACAGUUAUCUGUAGUGUGAUCACACGAGGAUUUCAACUUCCUACAAUGUGCAUGUUUUUCUUCUAUUGUUAUAAAGUGUAUCAAUAACAUGGAAAAGGACUGUUGAAAGCUCCAAAGGCCAGUAUUAAUGAUGAGUCAGCAGUCUUCAGCCAAAGAUCAUAGAUGAGUUAUCAGGAAAACAAUAAAAUGUGAGGAACUUUCACUGAUAACUUAGUUUAUGUUAAGGAUUUAUUAUAACAAAUAGGGGAAUAUUUCAGUGAUUAAAUUGAAAAUUUACAUAUUUGUAUAAUUGACUUUCGAAGCAUUGUAAUGCAUUAAAAUAGGCCUUAAACAUAUCAUCUCUUUCAGAAAAAUCAGCUGCAUGUUGAAUUUGAACUGAACGAUGCAUUAAAAUGGCCUGCUGAUACACAAUAAUCAUACGUAGUUGCAAAAUGAUAACUUGAUCACUUUAUGACAGGUGAGAUAUCAAGAAUUUUGCAUCAUAUCCACUUAAUGAAACAUGUAUCCAAUAGUCACCUUAUUUUCAUUUCAGUCAUGUUUGCUGCAUUGUGAUAACUUGUUUGUUUUUCCACUCAUUUCAGAUUUUAUAACAAGAAAUUUAUUCAUCAUACUCAUCUGUUGUUGAGGAGCUUCAAAUUUAUGCCUAACCAGUAGCUCUGAGAUAGUUAAGUGGUUGGAAUGGCCAACAUUGUGAAAAAAAGACAUUUUUGUCAAACAAUUCAUGAAUAAUUCAAAUAAACGAUUUAGAUAACGGAUCAAAACGCGAUUAUUUUAAUGGCAGCAACAAAUACCAUUGACCUUUUGUUACAUCAUGGAUAUCUGUUGUUGCAUCAAAAUCUUGCAGUUCAUUUAAAACACAUCGGGGGGAUUCAAGUCCAGUUGUUGACAUAUGCAAUAAUGCAGAACAACCCGCUGUUAUACUUAACAUGUAUCUCUUGUUGCAUCAAACCUAGAGGACUAAUAUCUUCCUGAUUUGAAUGCAAGAUACAUCAAGUUUGUGUUGGAAAAGAAAUUACUCUUGCUAACUCAAUGUAAGUUUUUUUUUUUUAGUAACCAAGGGCUCUUAGCACAAGGAUAAACAAACCUUGUCUGAUAAAAUGUUCCUGCUCUGUACAUUGUUUUCUUGUAAAUUCUUGGCUACAGCCACAUGAAAGGCCACUUCAGUCCUGCGCUCAAUAAUGGUGAAAGGGAAAUUAAUACGUUUUUUUUUUAUCAUUUUUUUAAAAAACCUGACAGAUUGCCCUGAGAUGGAUUUUUUUCUUCUAGAUGUGCUACGUGAUGAACUUAAUUUUACCCUUUGUCCUGUCCCCACUUCCCUCAUCUGCUCUUGGGCGACAGGAUGAAGUUCGGCAGGUCCUUGCUCCACCCUCACUCCUUUCCGUUCAUUUUAGGGAGCAUUAAUCACACGACUUAUCAUUUACAAUUCAGCAGUUUUGUACUGUAUGCAUCUUCCUGUUGUUUUUUAAGGUCAACCAUGAGACAACUUCAUGUGGUAUUGUCUGAUGCCUGCUGCUGUGCGAACCACAUGCAUUCCUGUUUCUGUUGACAUACCAAAUAUGGUGUCUUUUGGUGCAACCGGAAGUUGUCUCUUAUCUUGUCAUAUGUGUGUACUCACUGAGACUGCCUCAGUGAGAUUUAGUAACUUAGACUAUUAGUGCACUCUGUUACCAUAUCUACUCAACUUGCAAUAAAUAUACAAAGACAACUGAUUGACUCUCAAUCCUUUUUUUGAUUCUUAUUGAAAGGCAAGUUAUCUACAAAACAGCCCCCCUCUCUUCCUCCUUAUAGUGCUGAACCAUGAACCCCUUCACGUGAGAAAACGGUCUUAGAAAUCAUGCAGGGAAAUAUUAAAGGGGCUACUGUUGAAAGUAAUUAUUGGUUUUCUUUGAAGUUAGAGCCUUUUUGAAUAAACAACUCAAAUUGCAACAACCUGGACAUGAACCUAAGGUACCAUUUCAGUAAUUGGUAGCUAUUGUUUUGUUUCCCUCACUUAACCUUAAAGUUUUGAUGAUGAAUUUCAUCAAAAACAUUUCAGUGGUCAAAUGGACUCACAUGAACCUGUUCUUACAUCUACCUCCUGCUGUGUUCACUAUGGUGCAGAGAAAUGAUACUUUACUGCUCUCUAGUGGCUGUUGGAAUACCCCAGAAAUACAUUUUCUCACAGUAUGUCUGUAAAACAACAGUUACAGUGUUUCACUUUAGCCAAACUGAGCUCCUGAUAUCUCUUGAUUAAAAAUCCACAUGAGAACCACAAACAAGCAAAAUGCAUUACCUUAGGUCUCUUCAAAAACUAGAAAAAAGUAUUGUGAACAUCCACAUCCCAGUGCAAAAACUAAACCAUUUUCAACAUUUCCACUUCUUAAAAAAUAACUAGAAAAACACUUCUCCUGUGUGUCUUUGGCAUUUACACUUGCUGUGAAGAAGAACAGAAUUCCUUAAUCUCAGAUCACAACUACAUAUUACAAACAUGUUAACAGAAUUUAGUUUGUACUCUCUCUUCUAUCUCUACGCAUCUAGCCAUGACAUCUCAUCAACAUCUUUAUGAAAUGUAGGUCCUGUUCUUGUGUGAACAAGUAAUUUCUUCCUCUUUCUUAAAUCUUUGCUGAAACUGAGCAAAACGUUUUUAGAGUUCAGGUCAUAUCUAAAUGAAUAUUGUGUUUAAGUGGCAGCAUUUGGCUAUUGCAUUACAUAACACAUGUUUUCCGGUCUAAAUUAUGCAGAGAAGUGUGUUUAGUUUAUUGCGAAACACUGAUGCGAAAAUCAGGGCUGAUGUUUUGGUCCUUGUUUGUGGAGUUUCAAUAACUAUUGUUACAACCCAGCUCUUAAGCUGCAACAAAAAUGGCUGGUGAGACGAGGUAGGAACAAUUUAACCUUCAGUUUAUUCCAAAGAAGAUAACAAAAGGAGUACACCAAACACUUGAGUAAUCUCCAACAAAUAAAACAAUACAACCGUCAGUAUGUAUCUAAUACAAAAUGCGAGGAUCCUCUCCUGAUGAGGAUCCCGACUUUCUUCAGUUCCCGAAACAAGGAAACACAAACAGCAAAACGGAAACAUCUAGUGGUCUGGAGGGGUCAUCACACUCCCUCCCAUAUAAGAGGUGUUCUUACUGGAACUAGUGUGGACUCCCCUGCAGGCAGAAGCACCAUCAUUAACCACCAUGGGCUUCCUCCUCUCCAGCAAGGAUGACGUGCAGAUCAGCAUGGUGUCCUUAGCCUUCCCUCCCGCCCUUCUCCCACUCAUUUUCUUGGCUGUAGACUUCUUGACCUUGGCUAGCAGCUCUGUAUGGAUGUUGGGCAGGACUCCACCUGCUGUGAUGGUCAAACCUUUCAGCAACUGGUUCAACUCCUUGUCGUUUGCGAUGGCAAACUUAAUGUGUCGUGGCGUGAUGUGACCCUUCUUGGUUCUCUGGCAGCAUUUCUUGCCAGGUCCAAGAUUUAAGCAGUGAGAUAGGCCUACUGCAGAACUACAGCCAGAUAUACAGGUGCCCCAACGCUUAUGCGAUACUUGGACAGACCCCUCGUCAUGUAGUGAAGCAAACGCCCAACAGGAAAGAUGACCCUGUCCUUGAUAGGCUUCUUUCCCCCUUGACUGGACAUGAUGCUUGCCUAGUGAUGGAUCUGCUGCGGAAGACCCAUCGGAAGCCGGGUUGUGCUUAGACUGAUUAGUGUAGGUCUGUCAGCUGGCUGUAAUGGGCUCUAUGCACAGCUCCACUACUUCCUGGACUUAAGGCAGCAGCUCCAGAGUCAAGAAGCUCUGGAAAGGUUUCAUCAGACUCUUAAGUCUCUGUUGUGUAGUUAUUGUGUUAAGCUAAAUCAGGACUGGGAGGAAGGGCUGCCUUGGCUUUUGUUGGCUACUGGUUUUAGCCCGAGUGAGCCUGAUUUUGGCCACACAGUGCUGUGUGAUGCAGUUCCGCCCUCUGAACCUCCUCGUAAUCUGGUGAAGUAUGUUAAUGGUUUUUGGCAUCAUUUGUACUCUGCUAGAGAAAUGGCGAGAGAGCAGUUGUUAUCUGCUCAAGAAAAAUGGAACGUCUGUAUGACCGAAAGACCGAACAACUUUAGUUUAGUCCUGGAGUUCAGGACUUGCCUUAUUACUUAUUGUGAAUUCUCCAUUUUAGGCAAAAUUCACUGGUCCCUUCAGGGGAUGAGCCAAAGCCUCUUUCAGCAUCAGCAGCAUGUGGUGAAUGUGUUUUCUGUGGAGAAGGAUGAUGGGGUUACGGCACCCAUUGAGAAUUUGUUGCAAGGCCAUUUGAAAAACUCAGAAAUGAUUAAGUAGUUACGCAAUCUUGAGUCGUUGUUUGGUCAUUUGCCCUUAUUCACAGUCACCAGUGCUUGUUAGUGACACACCAAGCAGAACACAUUUGUCGGAUAAUAUAGAUGUGGGUGAUGCGCAGCCCAUCUGCCAGCGUUACUACCAGGUGUCUAAAAGAGAAGGAGAAGGUGAUGGAAGUGGAAUCCAAGCACAUGCUUGACAAUGAAAUUGCAGAACCUUUGUCCUCCAGUUGGGCAUCACCCUGUUUGCUUGUCAAAAAGUCUGACAAAAGUCCUGAUUUUGUACAGAUUAUCGCAAGGUAAAUACUGUAACAAAGCCAGACACAUUUCCACUUCCCUGAGUAGAAGAUUGUAUCGAUCAGGUUGUAAGUAAGCUUGAUCUUCUGACAGGAUACUGGCAGGUUCCGUUGUCUCAAGGGGCGAGAGAAAUCUCUGCUUUUAUUACACCCGCUGUUUUUUUCUCUUACACUGAUAUGAGCUUCGGACUGCGUAAUGCUGCUUCGUCACUCCAGCGCCUUAGGGAUAUGGUGGUGGCAGGUUUGGAAGGUUGCUCUGUGUAUUUAGACGAUGCAGUGAUUUAUAGCCGUACUUUGGAUGAGCACGCGGCUCGCAUCAAACAACUCUUCGGCAGUCUGAGUGAGGCGCGCCUUACCAUUAACCUGGCCAAGUGUGAGUUUGCCUGAGCGACUGUCACCUACUUGGUAAAGUUGUAGGACAUGGUUAAGUGUGUGCAGUCAUGCAGUCCAGGCUAAAGUGAGUGCGAUCAAGAAGUUUCCAGUUCCCACUAUAAAGAAAGAGCUGCAGUGUUUUCUUGGCUUAGUCGGUUAUUAUCGCAGCUUCUGUAAAAACUUCUCUACUGUGGUAGUUCCCCUGACGGAUUUGCUGAGGGAAAAAGCUUGUUUUGUCUGGUCAAGUUCUUGUAAGUAGGCUUUUGACAAUGUAAAGUCUGAACUGUGUUCCUCUCCUGUUCUUGCAGCUCCCCACAUGGAUCAGCCUUUUGGAUGCUAGCGAUGUCGGGGCAGGAGCGGUGUUGUUUCAGACGGAUGAUAAUGGUGUGAAUCGUCCCGUGAGUUCCUUUUCAAAAAAGUUCAACUCUUUUCAGUUAAAUUACUCGGCGAUCAAGAAGGAAACUCUUGCAUUAACUUGGGCUUUGCAACAUUUUGAAGUAUAUGUAGGCUCUAGCAUUCCUCCGGAACAUUGCCCAAAUCGCAGGUUCAUGUGUUGGAUGUUGUAUUAACAGUCGUACUGUUUGGACAUCCGCCACAUUAAAGGUUCAGAAAACGUUGUGGCCGAUGCUUUGUCUAGAGCUCUCUAGGAAACAUGUUUUUUAUUAUUUAUUUAUUUAUUUUUGUCUGCCUGUAAUGUGCAACCUUCCUGCUUUCCUUUGUCUCUGCUCUGUCACUCUUGAAGCUUUAGGCGCCAAAGUUGCUGGAUGUGCAGGGUAGGGGCUGGACGACUGAAAGGGGGAAGAAUUUACAGUCAGAACAGAUUUUUGAUUAAGUCUAGAAGUAAGUGUAAUGAAAGUAGUAUUAAAAUUGUUUGCAGUUUAGGAAAUGUUUCUUGUUUUGCUCAGUUUAAAGCUUUGGUAGGUAAUUUGCAAUUAUGGUACAGUGAGUAAUGAGGCCAGAGUAGGUGUUCCUACUGGAAUUCCUCUUAUAUGGGGGGGAAUGUGACGGCCCCUCUGGACCACUAGAUGUUCCUGUUUUGCUGUUUGUUUCCUUGUUUCGGGAACAGAAGAAAGUAGGGAUCCUCAUCAGGAGAGGACGAGCAACACCUGGGCCUGUUAUAGUCUGAGGCUUAUAUCAACCUCACUGGCUCUCUUGUGGCUGACAGCGCGGAGCGUGCAUGGCGGCACUGCUGUAUUGUUUUGUUUGUUGCAGAUUACUAAACUGUUUGGUUUACUCCUUUUUGUUGUCUGUUUUGGAAUAAAUUGAAGGUUAAAUGAUUUCUACCUCAUCUCGCCUCCCAUUUUUGUUACAGCUCAAGAGCCGGGUUGUAACAAAUGGUUAGGGAUAGGUAUUAUUAUUAUGUUUAUUUUAAAAGGGAUGGGAUAGGGAAGGAAAAAACAACCCUAACCCGUAGAGGGACAAAUUAACCAUAAUAUUAUAGUCAUUAAUUUCUUCUGCAAACAUUGUGGUUCUGUGCAGAAGCAAAAUGUCUCAAGAGAGGGCAAGAGAACUAGACUGGAAAAGGGUCAGGUCGGUCCGACUGCCAAAAACCCAAAAAGUUUAAGCCAAUUACUAGCCUCCUCCAGAUUGAUACAGGUAUAUAUAUCUGUGUGUGUGUGUGUGUGUGUGUGUGCGUGCGUGCGUGCGUGCGUGCGUGUGUGUGCAUAUUUCAAAUGUGCCGCUGAAGUAAUCCUUUAAUGACCUUAAAUAUUACACCUGAUGAUAGAUAACAGCAGUCUGACAAACAGUGGAUUAUUGUGAAAGCUAAUAUGUGCAAGGAAGGAAAAGGAAUGCAGACUUAAAACAGAGGACGAAAGAAAGAAAGAAAGAAAGAAAGAAAGAAAGAAAGAGAUAGAUAGAUAGAUAGAUAGAUAGAUAGAUAGAUAGAUAGAUAGAUAGAUAGAUAGAUAGAUAGAUAGAUAGAUAGGUCAUCGUACGCUCUGUCUUUUGAACAGAGGGGAUGCAAGGGGCGGGCAAGGUAGGAUGGUGGGAGGGGAAAAGGUGUGUUGGAGAAGACUUUCAGCAAGCUGGGACAGCAACUUAAAGUCAGUGAGGAGGAAGAAUGGAGCUAAAUUUACUACAGAGGAAGAGUCAAAAAACAGGUAGAGACAACAAGGCCUUUGAGUCAGAGGUAAGAUAUACAAUUUAACUGAGUCUCUGAGGCUUCUGAUAAGCUAUUUCACUUGUUCUGUUACAAACGUUUAUCAGCCAUCAUUCGUAUGAUUCUGUAGACCAAAACAUCGCCCCACUAAAAUAUCUGGGUCUGAAAAUUUGCUUAACUCAUGAAGUUAAUUCAUGUUGUUCUCCUCGAAAGUGUUAGAUAUCAAGUUACCUUUAAUUGAGAAACAGUUUUUAUUUUAGAGAUGUGCUUUUCAGUUCUAUGUUGUUGUUCCCUCUCGCAUGAUAGGACACUCUCUUACUUUGAAUGUGACACACCUGUGUGUGCAGAGACACCUGCUCCGUGUGCUCAAGAGUAGAAGUUCUCCUUUACGUUUGCAUUGAGGCUCUGAGUAAAUAUAUGUCGCUGUGUAAGCAUCCUUGUGUGCAAGCAUACUAUGUUUCUAAUAUUUAGUAUGCUGUGUGUGUCUUUGUAUGGCAGGAGCAGAAUCAGAUUGACACAGACAGUCCUUCAGGAGUUACAGAGGAUGGACACAAAAAGACAACUCCCCACAAGAAAAGGUUGUUUUUUCACCUCACAGAUUUCCUCUCUGUCCUCCACCCUCAGCCAUUGUUUCUUUGUAAAGUUACAUAUAAGGCUUCUCACUUUAUGUGCCCCUUUAUCUUGAUUCUUUCUGCAUGCCCAGCCCACUGGAGAAGAAAAUGGAGACAAUCCACGGUUGUUUGGCGGACCACAGAGACCUUAUCCUCCUGAUAAUACACCUGGUUUUAAUCGCAGGUAAAUAAUCCUUGUUAGCAUCCAUUAAAAUGUAACUAAUGACCUUGAAUGGCCUGAAGGACUCCCACAAUUUAGUAUGUUUACACACUGUGGCCAUUUGGUCAGGUGUUACACUCAUUGUGUGUGUCCCUGGGUUUUGUUUACCAUUUCAUUCCUGAUUGAUAAGCAACAGAUAAAAAAAAACACAAAAAACUGCAAGUCAUGUCAGUCUGUUAUUCAAAACAAAUAAUGACCGAUAACCUAUUUGAUUUAUCUGAUAGGAUAUGAUUAUCAUGUUGUGUACACACCCCAGAAUUGUCAACUUUUUGUCACAAAUGUCUGUUUGUUUUUGUUUUUUUUAUAAAUUGCCUUUUUUUAUCCUUGAGCAGUCAAUGUUGAAGUGUAAAUCAAGUGUUUUUUAAUCUUAUUAUGCAUGUUGGCGUAUUGUUGAAGCUCCUGCCAAAAACUUUUGGCUUGUAUCAAUUUUGGCACCCACCUGUGGACAAAGGUUUUUGCUUAUCUUGUUUUCUGGACUUAAAAGUACUGUCCUUUGCAAACAAACAAACAAACAAAAAAACCAUCAUUCUGACAGUUGACAGUCAAAUUUAUCCGUUUUUGUGAAUGUUUCAUGUGAAAAAUGUAAAAAUAGGGCUCUUUCUCCAGCUGCUUGACUGACACCUACCUCUCACACAGGUGUUGUUACAAUAUAUUGAAAAUUACAAUAUAAAACCUAUCAAUGUUUCUGAUGGUUUUACUUGCUUUCAUAUAUCAUCAAAAGACAUCGAUAUGAAUUUCAGUCUUUUUCAUUGGUUUAAAAAAAAUCUCACCGGGGCUUUAAGUCAUUUUUCAAGUACAUUUUUGAUCUAGUGUGUGAGAGAUAACUACUGUAAGCACUUCAAAUUAUGUUCAAAGUUCAAAUGACCCUGGCAUUUGUUUUCAUUUCUUCAGAACACACUCUUUAUCAGCUCACAAGGAAAGGGGGAAAAGGGAAUUAAAAUAGUCCCAUGGUCUAACAAUAAUUCUUCACCUGGAAUUAUUUUGAUGUAACAUUAGAUUGAUGAACUCUAUACUAUUGAAUUGGUGUUGGACUGAUGUUGUGAUCGGGGACUACUGUGUUUAUAAUCGUCUCUUUGUUAGUGAUUUUUUCUUUUGUAUCAUAUUAUAUUUGCUCUUUGUCUGGGCUCCCUGCUGAAGGCUUUAGGAGGCUUAUCUGAGAUUUCCUUCUCAUACAUCCUUGCCCUGUCUGCGUGUUUUUGAUGCAUGAGAAAUAAAAAGAAUAAGAAAUAUGAACAGUUGACAAGGCUUCAGAGUUAUUUGUUUUUCAUUUGUCAGGAUAAAACGCAGCAGGUAAAAGAAAGUAUUUCAAGCGUUGGAAUAUCAAAGAUUAAAAUGAUAGCAGCUUUGCAGGAUGUAAUUCAUUUUAAUGCUAAUUUUGUUUCAGGAAUAGUUGCCAUAGUGAUAGCAGCAUGUGUGCUCAACUUCCGCCGUGCUGUUGUGCUGCUGGUCAUCUCCUUGGUAACCUUGUUCUUCCUUGUCUGGGAUUGGACAAUGGAACGCUAUGGCGACAGGGUGUGGGAGGAGCUACAUCCCAUCAGACAGCUCCUUGAGAGGAACUGGUUCUGGAUUAAAUGGUGAGAAAGAUGACAUACUGUUGGAAACAUAUUUGACUUUUUAUUUCUCUGGUUCUUAUUAUACAGAACUGGAGGGAGUUUUUUUUAAUCUUUAUUUAUUACAGUGAUACUGAAAUAAAUGAUGCUUUGUCCUUGUAACUGUAACAAAUGAUCAUAAUGUGCAAGACAGUUCAGACAGGUUGAAGGUUUUUCUGUCUCCCAGCAACAACGAAGUUGUGAGGAAAAUUGUAAGGAAAUUCAUCAUUUGUGAAAUCAGCAUGAGUACUGAAUUCAGACAGGGCAAAAUGAAAGGAAACAAGGGCAGUUAAUGACAAAGUGUUAGAGGGACUGCUGUGUGCUACAGUGCACACUAAGUCCAGUAAUUGAACCAGCUGAGGGACACUUCAGUGGCAGUUCUUCUGCAGAAAAGUGGUAUAUAUAUAUAUAUAUAUAUAUAUAUAUAUAUAUAUAUAUAUAUAUAUAUAUAUAUAUAUAUAUAUAUACAUAUACAUAUAUAUAUUUAGAUUUAUAUGUGUAAAACUGACCCACAAUUUCCACAUCACAAUAAAUGAUACAUCCGACUAGAGAGGCAAUUUCAGCCCAUGGAGGACAUGAGAACUGAAUUUUCCUUUUGGAAUCAAUAAAGAUCUCGCAUGUUUGCAUGUAUAAUAAAGCCAAUACUGCAAGUUGCUCUCAGGAGCUUUUAUUUACGGUAGGAAAAUUAAAAUCUUAACAAAACGUAAUGCUACACCAGAAGAGGCUCUAUUCACAUUAUUAGUAUUUGAAUGUCAAUUCCUUUCACCAAGAUGUUGCUGUUGGCUGAAAAAUUCUGCUUUAAGUUGUCCAUUGACUUUGAGCACUGUAGACAGCUGUUUACCAGCAAGUGUGGUUCUGAGUUUUCUGCCUUUCCUCAUCUGACACGCUUUCUUUCACACUCAUCGUAGAGUAUAAUUCUUUACUUCUUGUCAAUAGGAAACACUUGAGAGACAUGCAAACCUGUUGGUUCAUCUCUUCUUUAUUGUCCUCUUCCCUUUGUUCCCCUGCUAACCUCUCUCUCUCUCUCUCUCUCUCUCUCUCUCUAAGGACAAUCUGUGUGUUGCUGCUGGUAGCUGUGGUGUUGUGGUUAGCACUGGACACAGCCCAGCAGGGGACCAGACAACUUGUGUCUUUCUUUGGUUUAUUGCUCUUAAUCUUCUUAAUGAUGCUAUUUUCCAAACACCCAUUUCGGGUAAGAGAUACAUAAACACAUUAACACAGGGACUCAAACUGUUUUCGUGAUAAGUGUGUGUGUUCAGACACAAACUGUAUUUGUGUUGCAGUGGUCUUGGCAGACUCUGCUGUGUGGUGUUGGGCUGCAGUUUGUCUUUGGACUGCUGAUCCUCAGGACCACGUUUGGUUUAGGGGCACUGCAAUGGCUUGGGAAACUUAUAGAGGUAUACACACAGGCGUGGACUUCAGAAUACUCUGAAUGAUUGUUUUUUUGUUGUUGUUAUUGAUUUGUUUGAGUUCUCUUCUGGCUUUUGAAUCCAUCCAUUUCUUUAGUUGUUGGUUUAUUUUCUAGUCCUUUGUCCGGUUUCUUUCUUUCUUUCUUUCUUUCUUUCUUUCUUUCUUUCUUUCUUUCAAUGUUUACCUUGCUUCCUUUUUUCUUCCUUCUCCUCUGUUUCUUGUCUCCUCUGUCACCUGUCUUUUUUGAAGUUGUAUAUUAUUGUAUAUGAAAUACAUACUAUGAAAAAAAUAUGAUUGUUUCAUUGUUGUCAGAACCUAUUUUUACCUGUUUAAUUUUCCUGUAUCCAGAAUUUCAUGGCGUUUACAGACGUUGGGUCCAAGUUUGUUUUUGGAGCCACUUACACGGAUCACUUUUUCGUCUUUAAGGUAUGACACACUCACAAACAUACACCCAUUGAUGUAAAAGUGAAGGACAAAGGGACCCCAAUAUGUCUAGUGGUCUUCAGACAGACAGCCCAGGUUUGAUUCCAACCUGCAGCCUUUUUCCCAAAUGUCACACCCCACUCUUUAUCCCCGUUUUCCAAGUUCAAAAAUAAAAACUAAAGUGCUUGACAAAGUAAAUAUCAUAUGAAAUCGGAUAUCCUUUAUCCCAUGCAAAAACAAUAAUUAGAUCUUAAACAGGAGUUCAGUAAUGCUCAUAGUGAUGACAGUGAUGGUUGACUCUCUCCAGGUGAUGCCAAUAUUGGUUUUUCUUAGCUCUGUCAUCUCCAUCCUCUACCACAUUGGCUUCAUGCCCUGGCUUGUUUGCAAGGUAAGACAGCAGCUCAGGUGCACAGACAGAGAAAAAAAUUGUCAAAUUGGUUCAUUAAUUUCUUCAUUUUAAAUUUACAAGUGAAACAAUAAUGACAACUCGAAGCACCUGGAAAUUUGGCUCUUGAUAUGCACUAGUUAUAUAUCUUUUUUUUUCUGUGCCAUGCUGAUUUUUCCUCCAGAUUGGAUUUCUAAUGCAGGUUACCAUGGGAACAUCUCCGACAGAGUCUAUGGCAGCAGCUGGAAAUAUAUUCCUGGGCCAGGUAAACAACAGUUGAAACCAUGAGCAUCAAGAUCUUUUAUGAAAUUAUGUUCAUCAUUAAAGUGACUCACAAGCAUGCCAAACUAUCCUCUCUCUCUCUCUUUUAGACGGACUCCCCUCUCUUGAUUCGUCCAUACAUCAGUGGGUUAACGCUCUCUGAGAUCCAUGCUGUGAUGACAGGAGGGUUUGCCAGCAUCUCUGGUACCAUCUUAGGAGCCUAUAUCUCAUUUGGGGUGAGGAGGCAUGUGUGGGGGAGGAAGAGGGAGUGAAGUGAAGAUGUAAUCUAAAUCAAGUAUGUUUUAUAUGACACAUAUGACACACAGGUGCAAAUAAUGUUAGAUUUACGCAUGUUUUGAAUGUCUGAAGAACAUGGCGGACAAAAAAGGGUUAUUAAUAAUAUUAUAUUCAUGACUUACUAAAGUUGCACUUGAAAGCUCUUGUUUGAAGCAACAGGUGACAAACAUACUAUAUAAUCCCUACAACUGCUCAUUUUAUUUUAGGGGGGUUUACAGACUAAAUAUUUUUAGAACAACAUUACAUGAUUAUAAAAUAUUCACACACAAUAACUCUGAAGUUGUUAACAGUUUAAAGAUCAGUUCAUAAGUUCCUAAAAGCUUAGUGAGAUUAAUAAUAAUAAUAAUACCUUACAUUUGUAUAGCGCCUUUCAAGAUACCCAAAGCGCUUAACAACACACUACAAAAAAACCUAACUAGAUACCAAAAGCCUGUAUAAACAAGUGUCGCUUCAGAGCAGACUUGAAAGAGAUGAAUAUAUCAUUGUUUAUAAAGGCAUUACAAGAAUAAAAAAAAACUAUAUAUUUUUAUAUGUAUAUAAAGUUUGUAUCAUUUCAUACCUGAAAUCUUAAAACAGUGUUUUCUAGAGUUGUUUCAGAGAUUUUUUUUUUUUUUUUUUUACGCGCGCUGAAUUUCUACAAAGGAAACAUUUUGAAACAUAAACUAAAACACAGCAUCACAUUACAGCAUCUUUGUUAGAUCUCCAAAUUGUAGAAAUCUGUAUCUGGUUGAUGUUUUACCAUUUUAAAUGUAUUUGAAAUAAAUUCAGAGGUUUUAUAUAGUGUCAUCUCCAGACUCUUUAACAACUCUAACCUGUCCUUGACAUGUUUGUCAGAAGGUGAAUGAUUGACCAUUACACUUUUGUCCUGUUUUUUGUGCCUGUCUUUCAAGGUUAAGUCAACUCACCUGCUGACAGCAUCAGUGAUGUCUGCUCCGGCCUCCCUCGCCAUUGCCAAGAUGUUCUGGCCUGAAACAGAAACCCCCCGUGUAACAUCGAGUCAUGACCUGAAAAUGGAACGAGGGUAGGAUGGGACAGAAUGAACAAAUAUUAAAACACAAACACAAAAAAUGAAAGAGUUUAAUUCUUUAAAGCCUUUCCAUUUAUUUCUCCACCCUUUUCUUCCUCUUAAAAAAAUAUUGGCAAAUAUUGUGACUUGAAAAAGACUCGCCCUAAUGUGUUGCUUACAGUAGCUGAAAAAUGAAAAUGAUGAACCACAACUACACACCACAUUUCAUGUCCCAUCCACUCUAUUAUGCUGAUGACAGUGUGCUAUUUAAAUUAGACCGCAUGUUGUUCACAGGAGGAAGUGUGAAAUUACUGUUCAACUGUUCUUUGUGUUUCCUCAGAGAGAGUACCAACCUGUUGGAAGCAGCAUCCCAGGGUGCAUCUUGUGCUAUUGGUUUAGUGGCCAACAUUGUGGUUAACAUCAUUGCCUUCAUGGCGUUGUUGGCCUUUUUGGACUCCACUCUCUCCUGGCUGGGUGCGAUGUUGGACUAUCCACAGCUCAGCUUCUCGGUGAUUCCUGAAACUCAUUAAUCACACUCAGACAUCCACACAAAUAUCUGAAUUAAUUUUAGCAUCCAACCUGAGUGUGACUUCAAAAGACACUUCAGCAGUGAGAAUAUAAUGAUCAUUUAUGGAUUCAUUUUCUGUCCUGUCUCUUCCUCAGCUCAUCUGCUCGUACCUGUUCAUGCCUCUCUCCUUCAUGAUGGGCGUUUCCUGGGAGGACAGUUUUAUCGUAGCUGAACUAAUUGGCAUAAAGACAUUUAUCAAUGAGUUUGUGGCCUAUCAGAGGUUGUCAGAACUAAUAAAGAAGCGGAAAGCAGGAGGGCCUGAAUAUGUGCACCAGGUGAAGCAGUAUAUUUCUGUGAGUCUAAUUCAUCUUAGCUACAUUUCUACUUCAUGAAGUAGUAUCAAGUUAUGCAAGUGCAGUGUCAAAGUUGUUUGCAGUUUGAUUUAUUUCAAAACAACCAUCUUCCUUUAGGUCCACUCUGAAACCAUUGCCACCUAUGCUUUGUGUGGAUUUUCAAACUUUGCAUCCCUGGGAAUGACAGUCGGAGCGAUGUGUGAGUGACAACCUUACACAAACUCAAGAACACCAGACAGUCAAACGGGAACAUCUGUACAGUUCCCUUUUAGAGUCAUAUACACCAAAAUGUAUGACUGAGUACACUUUACUGUAUGACAGCACUUCACUGUCCUUACAGGCUUAAAAAGCUGCACAGUAAUAGAAAUAGUCGUACACAUACUGUGGGAAUGUAGAGGACGAAAGUAUUUUUCCUGGCUGUCUGGGAGUAGGUAGUGAGAAUCCAUCUGUUACAUUUAAUCGAGUUACAGUGCGUAGGCUGAAUGAGAAGUUAAGUCUGUUCCAUUUAGUCUCUAGCUGCCACAAGCUGGAAAACAAAAGUGCGGUUGUAAUGCAUCCCAUCAUAAUCCCACAGUAUCACACAAUAUCAGCACAUUUCCAGGACUUAAUGAAUGCAUUCAUAACAACUGUCAACAUACUGUAAAGUAACUGAUGUUAAGUCAAAUGAGGGUGGUGCUGAAAAAAAUACCCAGCUUUACAAAAGCCUCUCUGGCUGAAUAAAAGAUGGGAAAUGUUUUUGUUAAACAACAUAAAAUCAGAGAUGAGGGGGUCAGGAUCUCCAAGUUCUCUAUGCAAAAUAACUUAAUAAGGAAAAUUGUGAUUCAAAAAGACUCUACAGUGGUGAACAACAAAUCACCAGGGAAUUGAAAACAAGGAUUAGUUUGUUUUGUGUCAUGUUUUAUGUUUACAGGAUUUAAAGCGCCCUUGACAAGUUAAAUGAAAAUGUAUCUUCAAUAAAUCUGUUCUGAACCAAAAUCCAUUCAUAAUAUAAACUAACAUAGAAAAAGAUCAGUGAAUAAUGUUAACCCUUUAAUGCCUGAAACCACAAAUUAUGGCCAGAAAAUUCUAUUUUUUUUGGAGCUGAAAUGUUUAUUUCACUUACUACUAAAAAACCAAAAGAUAAAAAUGUCCUUAUAAUUUAACAAAUAUAUUUAUUUAUCUCGUUUGAUGCAUUAGAUGUUUUUGGAAACUGAUAAAACACAAGAGGACAUUUUUAUCAUUUAUCAGACUGUAUUCAGGUGUUUUUGUAGUAGAAGUAUCAUAAAAGUAUGUGUCAAAUAUGAUACAAAAGGCAUUAAAGGGCUAAAUGAGCCGACAAACAAUAAGAAACAGAUAAAUAGAUGCCAAUAAAAAAACCCAGAAAACAAAUCCUGUUCAUGCAAGAAGUCGACUAUGGAGACCAAGCUGGUGCUGUCAAAAACAGGGUUACUUUUGAACUCAAUCUGGGACACUUUCUGGUUUAACAGGAUAACUCAUAUGCAGAGGCCAUGACCCUUUGCUGCACAUCACCCCCCGCCCCACUGUCUAUUCUCCUCAUUCCCCGUUUUUUUUUUUUUUUUUGCUCCUGUCCUGUCCAGUCCAAUAAAUGCAAAGACAGAAAAAAAUACUUUGAAGAACUUAUUCUCUCUCUUAGAUGUAUGUUGCUUUGAGCAGAAGUAUCUUCUAGGUGAAAUUGUGUCGCUGUUAAGUUGACUUCACAAGUUUUGUCAUAUUUUUAAAAUGUUUUGUUCUUUAUAUCAUUCUGUAUUUUUUUUCUUUUUUGCCUUUUAAAAUUUUUUUUUUUAGCGGCGAUGGCUCCAGACAGACGUGCUGACAUCUCUAGCUGUGGUUUCAGAGCUCUGAUUGCAGGCAGUGUUUCAUGUUUCAUGACAGCCUGUAUUGCAGGUGACAAAUUGCUCUUCUUUUCAUAGUGAAUGAAACGUCAGUCAUAUUCAAAUAUGUGUUUUUAAUGUCAGUUAGACAGCUAAUAAGAUUGCCUUUUUUUUGUUUUAAAUAAUUGCUGCAUCUAUUUUCCCAAGUUACGUUUUUAAAUGUAUAUUUUUAAAGUACAUUUUAUAUGCUAGAAAAGAAUAAUUCCAACAUGAUUUACAAAGAAAUCUGCUUUUUAUUACACAAAAUUUUUAAGUUAACUACAUUAACUACACAACUUCAAUUGUGUAGGAGUUGGGACACUGUGUAAAUUGUUGAUAAAAACAGAGUUUGUCGGUUAAUAAACCUUUAGAGACAAUAUUUAAUCUUAAAAUUAGGCAAAGACAACAAAUCAAAUGUUGAGACUGAAAAGUCUCAAAACAGUUUGAGCUGAACAACAAAAUGACUGGAAAAGUUAUGUAAUGAUUCAGUGACUCCAGAAUGAUAUUCCUUUGCAUAGACUGGAAUGAUUUGAGGAUGCCAUCAUCUACAAAGAUAUCAUUAAAAGACUCAAUACAUGAAUAAAAUGGACAAGGCUGAUAACUGAUACUGCGUAGCUAUGAUCUUUGGGCCCUCAAGUGGCACUACGUUAAAAACAGACAUGUCUCUGUAGUGGAAAUUGCUACAUGGACUCACAAUCACUUAAAAAAAACAAUGUGUGAAUACAGUUUUGUCCCUGUAUCCACAAAUCCAGGUUUAAACUGUACCACCCAAACUAUAAACUACAAAGUUCUCUGCUGAUGCUGGAUUCAGAUGAGAUAAGAAUCUUAUCAUAACUCAUCUAGUCCUAUCUUACUAGAAAAGACUCAUAUCUGAUCAACAUUGAAUGACAAUGUUAGUCCUUGGUGUUUAUGUGUUUAUUAGGGUAACAAUCUCAGGUAUUCACAGCACAAUUCAACAUGCCACAGCAGAUAUAAAAUGUCCGUCUUUAAAGUAACUAAUGCUCUCUGUGAAAUUUUAGGAGUGUUGUACAUCCCUGACCUUCAUUGCCCGCAGUUCCUGAGCACAGAGUUCAAUAAUACCAAUGUGACCAUGAGCUCACAGCUGGUCAUGUGCUGCAAACAACUAUAUAACAGGUGAGUGUUUGUACCUGUGAGUUACUUCAACAAGCCGGGGCAUGUCUGUUUGUACCUCGGUUAAGUUAUGACUCUUUUUGCUCAUGACUGUGAAGCUAGCUUUUGUAGACGUUUCCGAUAUAUCUCUGUUAAAUUAUAAAUUACAAACAGCUUUAAGAAUGUCAACAACGGAUGGAGUGGGGACGUAGUGUGAUUCAUUAUGUGUGUUAUUCACAGUGUCACGGUGUAUGAGCCACUGAACGUGACGACCGGAGGUGGAUUCAGCGACAGCAGUCUGCAAGGCUGCUGCACACUUUCACCCACCACACAGUUCAACUGCAGCCUGGUGCUGUGAGUCUCUGUGAACAAAAACACUACCCUCACAGGAGCCUUGUGUAUAAUACUGUGUACAGUGCUGUGUGAUGAUAUAAUGAAUUUUGAUUAAAGUUUAUUAAAAAAAUCAGUCA